GAUGCCCAUCUCCAGGACUUUUCUGGCAACUUCCAAGGGGCGGGGUCCUUAUGAGCAGUAAGAGCUCAACCGUCUUGUUCCUGGCUACUUGGGGAGGAACAUGCCAGGGUCAGGGCCAUAGAGACUGUCUGGAGGCAGAUAUAGUGGCAGAGAUUGGCCUGGAAGAACUCAAUGGGCUGGAGAUAGAAGUCAUGAGAAAGCAGAUGCAAGUCAUUUCUGGGCGGCUGCAUGCCCUUGAGGACUGGGAUGUCAUCUGGUGCCAUAAGGAGGCUGUGCUCUGUAGUCUGCUGGUAUUAUUCUGCGUAGCCAACCUGUGGCUUUGGAUGCACCAGUGA